UAGUUUCAGAAGAGAUAAAUAAUCUUUGCCUUUCUCUUUUUGCUUCUUCGGCGAUUCUAAGGUUCUUGUUCUUGUCGCAUUCACCCAAGAGGAGAAAAUGCCGGCAGGACAUGGAGUUCGGGCGAGAACGAGGGAUCUGUUCGCGAGGCCGUUCAGGAAGAAGGGUUACAUUCCACUCUCGACCUACCUGAGGACAUUCAAGGUCGGCGAUUACGUCGAUGUUAAGGUGAAUGGUGCGAUCCACAAGGGUAUGCCUCACAAGUUCUACCAUGGCCGUACCGGUCGUAUCUGGAACGUCACCAAGCGCGCCGUCGGUGUCGAAGUCAACAAGCAGAUCGGCAACAGGAUCAUAAGGAAGAGGAUCCACGUGCGUGUGGAGCAUGUGCAGCAGUCAAGAUGCGCAGAGGAGUUCAAGCUGAGGAAGAAGAAGAACGAUGAGCUCAAGGCUGCAGCCAAAGCCAGAGGUGAGACCAUUAGCACCAAGAGACAGCCUAAAGGCCCCAAGCCAGGAUUCAUGGUCGAAGGUAUGACCUUGGAGACCGUCACUCCCAUCCCCUACGACGUCGUCAACGAUCUCAAGGGAGGCUAUUAGUUUUGCUUUUUCCAGUGUUUUCACUCGAGACCAUUUUGGCAGUUUCGUAUUUGAGUGUUUUUUCAUGUGUCUUGGCUACAAUUACAAUGUCUCUAGGAUUCAAUCAAGUGAAACAAAACUUUGUCCCGUUUAUAUCUAUCAUUUUCUCUAUCUCGUCUCUGUUAUCGUUUCAAAGUAUAAAACAUUCAUCUCGAAUUAGAGUGAGUAAAAGCGCACACUUGAUCUUA